CAAACACCAAGUAAACAACAUUUUCACUAAUUAGCCACAUUCAAUAACUGAGAGUACUAAUUAACUCUGAAAAAUGGCUAAGUUUGGUGCAUCCUCAAUUGCUCUUGUUCUCACAUUGAACAUACUCUUCUUCACUAUGGUUAGUUCCACUUAUGUCCCAUGCCCACCACCCCCACACCACAAACCCCACCCUACCCCUACCCCCUCUACACCAUCUACCCCCUCUACACCAUCUACCCCCUCCACCCCAUCAACCCCAUCAUCAAAGAGUAAGUGCCCGAAGGACACACUAAAGCUAAAAGUGUGUGCCAAUUUGUUGAAUGACUUAGUGCACCUUGUUAUUGGAAGUAGCCCAGCUAAAACACCAUGCUGCUCUCUAAUUCAAGGACUUGCUGAUCUUGAUGCUGCUGUUUGCCUUUGCACUGCCAUUAAAGCCAAUGUGUUGGGAAUUAACCUAAAUGUUCCACUUUCACUCAGCUUGUUGCUCAACAACUGUGGAAAGUAUGCCCCAAAGAAUUUCCAAUGCGUAUAAGCCAUUGGUUCUUUCAUUAUUCAGUAUGUUUGGUAUUUUGUGUGUUUUUGAUGCUUAUUUGUCAGGGAAUUUAUUUUAUUCUAAUUGGUUAGAAAGUAUAGGCUCGUUUGCCUUGUUUUCCAUCCGUGUAUCCAUUUCCUAUUUGUAAUAAAUUUGAUAUCUACUGAUAAGUUAUGAUUA